AUGUCACAGCAAGCUCCAAUUCCUCACCCACCAUUUGACCCAGCUUAUCAAACACCCGUUGCACUUGCUGGCCUGCCUCCGGACCUCGACGUGAACUCGCUGCGCGAAGGGCCCCUACUAGCGGCUACAGCAGAACCGUUGCUCUCCAAAUACACUAAUCUCAAACACCGCGAGGUUCUUGCUCCGCCAGUUCAAGGCCUCAGCGAUCACACCGUCACUAUCUCGCUCUUUGAGACCAAGACAUCCAAGAAAACAGACCGCGCAGUCUUUUUGUACUGUCAUGGCGGCGGUCAGGUCGGCGGCAAUCGGUUCUUCGGUGUGGAAGUGUGUAUGGAUACUGUCCUGCCUGUCCACGACGAUUUGGUCUUCGCGUCCGUAGAGUACAGGCUGGCGCCAGAAAACCGGGCUCCCGCUGCCGCGUACGACUGUUACGCUGCUACCGUUUACAUAGCCGAUCAUGCCGCAGAGCUGGGUAUUGAUCCAUCAAGGAUCGUGAUCUCCGGUCUUUCUGGCGGUGGAGCCCCAGCUGCUGCAGCAUGCAUCCUUGCCCGGGACCGAAAGUACCCGCCCAUCCGAGCUCAGUUGCUCUCUACACCUAUGCUGGACGACCGCGUGACAGAUGUAUCGCAUAGACAAUUUCCUUCUGGAGCGACUUGGCCGGCAGUCAGGAACUCACAAGCUUGGGAUUUGGUGUUGGGUCCGGAUCGGGCUGCACCGAGCGAUAUCCAGGUUCCGGGGAGAGCACAAGACUUGUCAAACCUACCGCCAGCUUUUAUCGACGUCGGCGAGUGUGAAGUCUUCAGGGACAGCGCUGUUGCUUAUGCAAGUCGACUCUGGGCAAAUGGAUCCUCUUGUGAGCUCCAUGUCUGGCCGGGAAUGUACCACGGAGGGCACGCGUUCGAGGCUGACGUUCACGACAAUUUAAAUGCUAUUGCGUGUCCAAUAUGUUCGCAGUGUCUGCUGUCACCACUCUCAUGCCGCUACGCAGAAGGUGGCAAGCGAGGUCUCCCAGCUGCGUACAUGAACAGUAUCGAGAAGCGAUUACAGGACACUGAAGCUGCACUGUAUGCUACACUUCGCGCUCUCCAAGAUAUGGACGGCCUUGAAUCUCUUUCCCUGAACGUAGAGAGUGGCCCCAAGACUGAGUCCAGACCGCGACGCUCGAAGGCCGAGAAGCAGAAAGAGUGGAUGCAGAGACCGUUACAGACAAGUGAAGAUAUCCUCACGUGGUUUCGUGAUGAGCAGCAGCGGCCAAGUACGCACAGCGCACGAAAGGAUGCAAAGGUCACCGGCGAGGCAACGGCGGGUACACAUCCUGACUCGAAAACGCAAACUACUUCUACCAUGCCCAGCCUAUGUGAAGACCAAACAUCAGCAGGCUUUCGUGUAGAUCCAGGAGACGCAAUGGAGCGACUCGGGGGUUGCAAACCUCCCAGUGUACCGAAUGCGUCACUUUCCGCCGACAAGCCCACAUCCUGGCGUAACAAUUACUUCUGA